AUGAGCAAAGCCGUCUUGAUCUUUCUCUUGGUUACUAUUCUCGCCGUAAUCUCAACACCAGCCGCGGCCGCCGGGCUUGAGAAGAAAUGGGACGACAAUACUUGCUGUCCAAUUGCUAUUUGUAUAUUUGAGGAGAACCAAAACUUCCCAUCACGCAGACGCAAACGCAACACGAACAAGUUUGAUGGAUUUAUUCAAUUUACCCAAACAUUUAAUCAACAACUCUAUGUCACCGGUUUCUUGGACUUUGAAAACGCUCAGAAGGAAGUCGAUGCUGAUAACCAAGGCUUUGACGUACAUGUAGUUGAUUGUAACCAAUUGAACGAAGCCAGCAAUCUUGAAGGCGGACUUGAUUUGGACCAUGUUGAUGACAUUUUCGAUAAGCCGUUCAUUAAUGUUGUCAGUAACAAUCCCAAUUUUGAAAAAGUUAGUCAAGUUGUUGGCAAAUGCUGCGUUGUUGCAGAGGACAGACCCAAUAACCAACAUAAACUUAUUGGCGUUGCAAAGGUGAAGCAAGCCGUAUCGUGCAACCCUAACAGCAUUGUUAUCGGCAGUGACCCCAAUUAA